AUAAUGCAUGCCAAAGUUAUAGGCAAUUUUAGGUAGCUUGCGUGGGUGGUGCCUAUACUUGUUCCAUUGACUGUAUGUACAUAUGUGACUCCACCAGAUUUCUUGCACUGUAAUGUAUAUAUGCAUAUAUUUCAGAAAUUAGGUGCACACUCUUAUAAAACUGGUAUUAAAUUGUUACUGGCCGGAAAGAAAUGUACAAAAUUGUUACUUUAUGUAAAUAUACACAUGUACGUAAAUCUUCAAGAUUUUUCACUGGGUACAUAUAAUUUAGGAACCCUGGGUCCACUCUACCUUAUGAAAAAUUACUUUCAUGUUAUUGCUCUUGAGACAUUUAAUCUUUUCAGAUCUGUGUUAUAAAGGUAUGUAUGUACCUAAACCUGACCCAGCACAACAUGCAUGCAUGUUAAGUAAGGUUGAACCGGUUUGUGUCAUAUUUUUUUGUGAAAAUGCAAGGAUAUAUAAAUGGCAGAGAUCCUCCAGUCGGAUUAUUGGGUCUUCCAGUCGGGUAUUUUUCACGGGCAGGAGUCGUCCCACAUAGAUUCUAAACGUUCCCCAGGCAUAAGAAAAUGGGUGGGGCGAAAUUAUUUUUUACCGUUUGCUCGACAGUAUUAAUUGUUUCACUCGUUGGGACAACUUUUGCCCUUGAAAACUUGAGUAUGACUCAAGCAGGGAAAGAAAAAUUGGACCAGUUUAAAGAGGCCGUUUCCAAGACUACCUUUCCCGCUGAGUGGAUGCAACAGGAAUUAACUUUCGUUCGGUAUCUAAGAGCUCGAGAUUGGGACGUUCGGCGAGCUAAGAGUAUGCUGCUUGAGACGGUCGCCUGGUGGGAGGAGAACAACAUGAAAGACAUUCAUAACGAGGACUGGUCAAAUAUUGAGAAAGACUUUCCCCUCCACACGGAUGGCGUCGAUAAGCUUGGACAACCGGUAAUGGUCCUUACCUUCGCGGAGUGGGAACUUCGCCAGGCAGCAGUCCAGGGUAGGAUGGACCACGUGAUCCGCUGGUUUAUCAAAGGAUUUGAUGACGUUCACUUGAAAUCCUUCGAAUAUCAAAAAUCCGGCAAGACGAACGGAACCCAGUGGAAUUUAAUCGCGGAUAUGGAUAAGCUCUCUCGUCAGCAGCACCUUUGCAUCCAAUGUCUCCGUUUUUAUACGGAACUUGCCAUCACAUUUGAAUCUCGUUAUCCGGGUGCGAUUGACAAGAUAUUCGUUGUGAAUGCCCCUUCAAUAUUCCAAGUCAUCCUCGGCGUGGUUAAUCCCAUCCUGUCAAAACGUACUCUGAAUGCUUUGGAAGUGCUCGGAACGAACAAGGAGGAAUGGAGCAAAGUCCUCGACGCUCACUUUGAAAAAGACCAACUUCCUGAAAAUUUGGGAGGAACGAGGAAAUACGCGACAGUGUGGAACGAGAUAUAGAAAAUCAUAUGAAUAAAUAUUUGAUUUAAUAACGAAACCCAUAAACUAACAGUUUCAUUGCUAUACUUACAAAUAUUUUAAUAACAGUAAAUCAGGCAGACUAAUUGUUUACGAAAUUGGAUAUAAAUAAAAAACCGAAGUACUCAAAUGAGCAUGUAAAUAUGUUAUUACUAUACCCAAAAACUAAAUUCAAACUAAAAUAAAAUUGGGUAUCUGCAUGUAAAUGAACUUAUGAUAAGGUAUCACCAAGUGGCUACGAUCGAUUUUACCGAACGGUACUAAGUUUAUUACAUUAGGAGGACAACUUAAAAACAAUGUUUGAAAUAUGUAAGUAUCUAUUUAUUUAUAUACCUUUUUUGCAACUUAUUUCGUCAACAAAUUGUUAUCCUGAUGGAUCCCAUAAAUUCCGUUAUAUUAAUAUAUUUUAAUACAAGGUGCAAUAGUGCCUUCGCACCUAUGAAUAUAUAAAUACCUAGGUAUGUCUCGACAAAAUUGGGAAAAGUUUUGAUUGUAAGCUUUAAUGCAAUUGAUUGUAUAAAUUUGUACAAAACUAAUAGUAACUGUAGUUGAAAAGGUGGAAGCUUUCUCCAAAUAAUUAUAUGCAUUUAUAUACAUAAGAUGUAGACCAUUAACUAGUAGAAAAUUAUGAAUAUUAGAACAUUUUCCAAUAAAA